AUGACCAAUCUCCUUGUACAUAUCUUACUCUGCCUCCUUUUACCCACCCUGGAAACCGGCUACGGACAAGUCCUGCUUCAAAUUGACAACGUCUCUCUCUCAGCUACCGAUACUGACCUUCAGAUGAUCCAACCAGAAGAGGAACAGAAGGUUCACGAAGUGCAUUUCAACUAUAAGAUAACAGCCAAUAGGAAGGGACACAUCACGUGUGAAGUUAUUCUUAGCACCGAAGCACGCCAAGCGUUGGUAAAGUCUGGUCCUACGAGCCUUAGUCGCGUCUACCUUCGAUGUCCUCAGGUUGACACGAAGAUUUGUUACGUAGACUGCACACCAGCCUGCGUGUUUGAUGACCACAACGGCUGCGUUGUUCCACAAUCGCUUUCCACGGUUAUCGAAGAAUGUCACUAUGAGCAGGAAGUGGAGAAUGGUCGACUGAUCCUUGAGUACAUAGUCGACAUGGAGGAAUUGGAUAGAACUGGAGACUGGACUUGUGAGUAUCAGGGCGUUUCAGCAAUGCGAUCGUUAAAGCUUCAAGCCUCGGCCAAGCCGAAGACCACAUCAACAGCAUCAAUCGCCACCAUAACGACAUCCACGUCAACUCAGCUUCCCAAACCUAUGUCUCACAUUCGGCAAGAACCUAAUAGAAUUAUUGUCUCUCAGAGCGCGUCACUGCAACAAGACGAAGUGGAGGAGGGCAGUCCACUUAGAGACUCUCUGAGACAUGGCAACCACGACAGCUGUUUGGGACGAUGCCUGUGCCUGGAAUCACCCUCUGACAGUUCUACCACCCACUCAACCAAGUGCUACCACCAACAGAUGUUCCAAGGUCACGUCCCCUAUGGCCUGAUGCAAUCGUCGGAUGUGUUCCCGUCGCAGACAUUGCGACAGCAGCCACCGCUCCCACAGGCCUUUUUCGCAGCCUACCCGGACCAACAGUCCGAGUUCAGCGUGCUGCCCUCCUACAGACAUCAAAUCUCGCCGGAUGACUGCGGCGUUGGUGACAGCUCGUCAAAAUUGGCUGCUCAGCCCCACGCGACUCUGUCUACCACGUCGUCGUCAGACACGGGGACGUCCAAUCAGUUUCCUGUGUCAUUAUCAGGCACUUUACCAACGUACUAUCCUGGCAAAAGCGAUAGCAUAGAAAUCGCCUCUGUCGCCGGUGACGUCAGCCAAGGUCAGCAGCCCAGGAUCUACCUUAUCAAAAUGAAUGAGUCAUUACUGAUGCAAGCAGGCUGCACGGAGAGCAACUUGCAACAGCAGAAACUGCGUCAGCAGCAGCAGCAGCAAAGCCGUCAUUCGAGCACUGUCAGCACCACCGUCUAUGAUGACCUCAGCGGAGGAAUCGGUGGUGGCGUGUCGAACUACCACACAGUGGCUCCCGCUCUCGUCCGACUUCCAGCUGGAGAAGCUGGCAUCAUCCUCUGCCACCGACCUGACACCGUCGUGAGUAAUACUCACUCUGAGGUCGACUUCGCUUCCAGAAAGCUGCCCCCACCGCCAGAGAGGCAACAAUAA